CCGGGCGCCCGGGGGGUGCCGGGAAGGGAGGCCGGCCGAGCGCCGCGCUGCGGGCGGGGAGCGGGCGGCGGGCGAGAGCAUGGGCGCGCGGCCCCCCGGCGGCCCGCAGCCUCCGGAGCCCCGCUGACGCCGGCCCGGGACCCGCGCGGGAGCCGCCAUGUGUCUGCGCCUCGGUGGCCUGAGUGUGGGCGACUUCCGGAAGGUGCUGAUGAAGACAGGUCUGGUGCUGGUGGUGCUGGGCCAUGUGAGCUUCAUCACAGCCGCCAUGCUUCAUGGCACGGUGCUGCGCUAUGUGGCGGCGCCCCAUGAUGCCAUGGUUCUGCAGUACUGUGUGGUCAACAUCUUUUCCGUCACCGCUGCUAUCGUGGUCAUCGCCUCAGGCAUCUCAGCCAUCGUGUUGUCCCGCUUCCUCCCCAGCACUCCCCUGCGCUGGACAGUGUUCAGCUUGAGCGUGGUCUGUGCACUCCUCUCUCUGACCUGUGCCCUUGGCCUCUUGGCUUCGAUCGCCGUGACCUUCGCCACCCAGGGCCAAGCACUGCUCGCCCCCUGCACUUUUGGGAGACCUGAACAACUAGCUCUCACGCCCAACUGUCCCUUCGACCCCACACGCAUUUACAGCUCCAGCCUGUGCCUCUGGGCCAUCGCACUAGUGCUGUGCGUGGCGGAGAGCGUGUUUGCUGUGCGCUGCGCCCAGCUCACCCACCAGCUGCUGGAGCUGAGGCCCUGGUGGGGGAAAAGCAGCCUCCCCAUGAUGCAGGAGAGCCCAGAGCCUGUGGAGGGCCGUGACCUGCUGAGCUGCACCAGCGCCGAGCCGCUGACUCUCUGAGAGCUGAUGUCUCGCCGGGGCCCCAUGGCUACCAAGUCUGCACUGUGACCAAGCCAGGAUUCCUGGAGCUAGCCCAAGAGGGCUCAGUGGAACUUCGGGGGCCUGAAUGGGGCUUUCAACCCCCUCCCCCAGUCACCCAGCCCAUUGCACUGAAACAAGACUUUAUUCUGAAGUUAUUAAAAAGAACAGAGAUGCUC